AUGGACGAGACGGAGCUCGAUGACGACUCCUCCCCUGAUCCUUUCUCUGACGCGAUCGAUUCCUUCCCUCCGGAGAAAACCCUCGGCCCAAUCCCCCCACCUGAGUCCAUCGCCAACCGCCCGCGAGACGUGAUCCACGCCGCUUCCCCAGCCGCCCUCUGCCACCGCAGGGCACCCUCCCGGCAGAUCCUUGCCACCGGAUUCAAGGACUCCUCCAGCUCUGAUUCCCCUUCCGGCAUCAACAGCGUCAGAGAAAGCCGGACCAAGAUCCUCCUCACGUUGAAAGACCAGGAGGCUUGGGAGGCGCCCGAUAAUUGGAGCUCUUCCCUUACUUCGGAUCAAAUUAGCUCAGGAAGAGACCGGAGCACGGAAAUCUCUCUCCGAUCGUCGGUGACGAGCAGUGCUCCUGUCAGAGAAUCGCAUCCGGUCGAUGCUGGAUCUCCACCGCAGGGGAUCCUCGUCUCCGUUGCCGUAUUUGCGAUCAAAGCUGUGGCUUUUCAACUCAGUUUGCUGAUUAGUUCCGUCACAUUUCCCAUUUGGUUGCUGCAUUGCUCUUUCUUGCUCCUCAUCAAUCCUUUCGGCACCCUAAGACGAGCGAGAGUUGCGAUAAAAGAGAGAGCUUUGAGGUUAUGGAAGGGCUCAAUGGGGAAAGUUAUCCCCUUUGUGUUCGAAAGACUUGUGAGCCAGCAGGGUGUGGGGAAGUUGACGGCGAGGUUGGCUAGGGGGUGCUUCUGGUCUAUCUAUCUCUGUUUCAUGCUGUUGGGGCUCUUGAUGGGAGCAUUCUUAGGUGGGAGCUUGUUAAUGGACAGAGCUGUUGAGGCGCCGCUCCAGAUGAUGGAGGAUUUGAAUUUUGAUUAUACGAAGCCGAGUCCGGAUGCUUUCGUGCUGGUAGGGUCUUGCAAUGGUGGUUCAGCUUCUGGUGGAAAGGUUGGAGCUUGGGAUCAUGGAGGUUGGCGGUCGGUGCCGCCAAAUCACAAACUGCAGCUGACAAUUUCAUUGACUUUGCCAGAAUCAGACUACAAUCGAAACCUUGGCAUGUUCCAGGUCAGGGCAGAGUUUUUAUCAGCAGAUGGUAAUGUCAUGGCUAGUUCAAGCCAACCAUGCAUGCUACAAUUCAAGAGCUCUCACAUUCGCUUAACAGAGGCUUUUCUCAAAAGUGGUACUCUACUAGGAGGCUAUUCUUCAGAAUCGCAGUUUCUCAGAUUAAAAAUGACAGGUUUUACAGAAGGAACUGAACCUACUACAUGCAUAAGGGUCAUUCUUGAACAAAGGGUGGAGUUCAGGCCUGGUGCUGGUAUCCCGGAGAUUUAUUCUGCAUCGUUAAAACUUGAGUCAGAGCUUCCCCUUUUUAAGAAGUUGAUAUGGAACUGGAGGAGGACGCUGUAUAUCUGGAUCAGUAUGGGGUUAUUCAUCAUGGAGUUACUGUCUUUUCUUGUCUGUUGUAGACCAAUUGUAAUUCCAAGGUCAAGGUCUGUCAGUGGUUCUCAAAGCAGGAUGUAGUAUGCGAAUUUUAAGACAACAUGGUUGCAAAAGAGGAGAACAAAUCUUCUGCAAGCAUCAUUCACCAAUUUUGUGGCUGUCUGAAAUAAGAUAGCAUCUUCAGGUGCCUUGGGGUGGCAAUCAUGAUUUGAGCAUUCAUAUCAGUUAUGUCAUGCAUACUUCUGUAGUUUACCAAGGGCAUAGAACUAUCAGUGCUAGUUUGUUUCAAAGAUGCCAUUUUCAGCUAUAGAACUUGAAAGUUGAGAUAAUUUCAACUUGUAAGUUGGUAGCUCAUUUAAAAAUCAAGAAUGAGGGAGACCAACUGUCAUAUCACAACUACAUCACACUAUCUUGUGAGGGAUUCACAUUUAAUGAGUGCCGAUAUGAGGGAUGAGUAGCCUAUUGGUAGAGCAGAUGUGGACAUGUAGCUUUUGGAGCAGGAAAGCAGGAGUUCCUAAGAGAUUUUGUUUUGGUGUAUAGAAGAAUUAGUAUGAGAGAGAAAAAAAAAAAAACUGCUAACCUUAAGUGAUAGAGACUGAAUGGUUCUUAACUUUAUCAUUAUUUUUAUUUUCAUGAAGGGGGAACUGCAAGGUUUAAGGAUGGGUUAACAGUUGGUCCAACAUGUUGGGUAGAAAAAUUUUUCAGAGUUGACUAUUUUAACUUCUACCAUGAAACAAAUUUAUUGAUAUGGAAUAGGGGUGAUAGUGCUAGGUACAUGUGUUGCCUGUAGUUGACUCAAGACGAAGGAGCAUGUGAUUAAUGUUUGUGAUCUCAUCCAUCAUGAUUGUUUGGAGUAGAUUUGAUAUUUUGUUCUUGUCUUUUUAGUUUCUGUAAUUCUUUCUCUUUUGUUUAGAGAUGAUGACCGGGUGCCUUGGCUGAUAAGGAGUGUUUUUGUGGAAGAAAAGUGAGGUGCAUAACCUGACAAGCAACGUUCAUGGCUGGGUGCUUAUCUGUGGUAUAGAUGAUUCAGUUAUGUAAAUUAUUUCCAGCAUUUUGCAUCUGUAACUAGUUGCAUGAGAAUAGUUUGUGUUGAUUACAUUCUUUUCCAGUGUAAUAUCCUGUUGGCGUGAUAAUAUUGUGAUAAUAUUCUUUAUAUUCUUUUAGUGCAGACAUGUCCUUACCAUGUCUCAUUCAACUUAAGUUGACCAAGCUUGCAUGGGCAGCCUUUUACCAUGAAAGUAUGUACGUAUAUCAUGCUUCUUCUGCAACUUCAGGGCAAAGGUGGAUUUUCCAAGGACAGGUGAGGCUGCGUGAAACUUGGAGGCCAUGCUAUGUGAUUAAAUCAGUGCUUUUGCAAGUCAAGGGUGUCACCAAGUUACGCAGCAAAGAAUUGUACCAAUUUGUGAUGCAAUAUGUACAGGUGGAUUUUCUGCUCUUUCACUGUGGUUGCUUGGUGGUUUUAUCUUGUUAAUGGGCUUCGCAUCUUGUGUUGCUCCUUUAAUUAUAGUGAAAAUGGUCAUUGCAUGGAUUAUUCCUUUAUUGUAUUGCCUAUAGCAUAAGAAAAUUGUUUUAUUAUUCUAA